AUGUCUAAUACUCCACAAUGGAUUAUGAUUGGUGGAGAAGGUCCUGAGAGUUACCAUCAAAAUUCCUCUUAUCAGAGAGCUUUGUUGGAAGCUGCAAAAGAAAAGAUGAACGAGGCAAUCUCAGCCAAACUCACUCUCAACUUGAUUACCGAUCGCUUCACUAUAGUGGAUUUCGGUUAUAACAUUGAGUUCCAAGUCUUCUUCAACGACUUUAGCAACAACGAUUUCAACACUCUCUUCCAGGGACUUCCUCCAGAAAGAAGAUACUAUAGCGCAGGGGUUCCUGGUUCUUUCUUGGACCGUGUUCUUCCUAAGAAAAGUUUCCAUAUAGGAAUCAUUAGUUACGCAUUCCAUUUCACCUCAAAAGUUCCCAAAGGGAUCACAAACCGCAACUCUCCCCUAUGGAACAAAGACAUGCAUUGCACUGGCAUCAACAAAGCUGUCAAGAAAGCGUAUCUUGACCAGUACUCGGUCGACACCAAGAAUCUGUUGGACGCUAGAGCUGAGGAGCUCGUCCCCGGUGGAUUAUUUUUGAUUUUUGGAUCUUGUAUGAGAGACGGAGUUAAGAUGUCUGAGACCUGUAAAGGAGUACCGAUGGAUUGCCUUGGAGCAUCUUUGAAUGAUCUUGCUCAACAGGUACAUAUAUAG